AUGAAUAUUAAAAGAAUCAAUUCCCGUUCGCAAAAUUUUAGUAGAAGCCAUCAAGGGUCAGUAUCCCUUCUACGUCCUGAGGAAGUAGAAAACGAACAACUCAAAGCAAUUUCCAAUGGUUUUAAUUCAUCUGCGCUAUCAUAUAAUGGGAGCGAUAUGGUUGUCUCCGUUCCUCAUGGAGAUAAUUAUAGAGGAUCAUGGAAAAGACUGAUCCGCAGAGAAUUUAAGAACCAGCAUCAGAUGAGGCGAUUCAUAACAUCAUGUAUUGUUGAUGCCAAGAAAGUAGGCUAUGAAUUGGAUGCUCUUGUAGAAGAAUUGGGUUCACCGGACGGAAGAGAUAGGAUCAGAGAGAUUGUGAUGUCACAAGCUUCUGUAGACGCAGGAAAGCAAGCUAAAAUUGCAUCUUUUCAACGAGUAAUCUUGCCUUUUUUGGCACUUUUAACUCGAAGUGGAAUAAUUGAAUGUAUCCUUGAUAUGCAAGUUAAUGCGAUUUAUCUUGUUGUCUAUAAUAACUUGGAUUCGUUCAUGAAUGAUAGCGUAAUGUCUAUGCUUCAAGAGUUGGUGAAGAGACAAAACAUAUCUGAUCAACGAGUUAGUCAAAACGAGCUACUUAUUGACGAUCCGCAUGCAUUUAUUCCCACAUCGUUGGGGCAGUUUUUUUUGGUUAUUGUUCGAAUGAUUAACGAAUUUUUAAAGCGCAUAAAAGAUGCAUCUUCCAAUGAAACUAUUCAUCAAAUAGCCGAGAAGCUUGAAAGAUUGAAGGAUGAAUGGCAUGAAUCAUUGGUUCAGCAGAUUAACUCAUCUGACUUGCUCGCAUAUGACAUUAAGUGCCGAGAAUAUUUUUUUAUGAUUUUAAAUAAAGACAUCGAUAAUAUGAAGAUGAUGUUAGAAAAACUAGAUAAUAACUUAUCACCUCGAAAAUUAUUUUCCAAACGUGUUAUCGGUUGUCACCUUAAUGAAGCAAUAUCAAUGGACCUACGAAGAAUUUAUGACCCUCCGGGGGAACUUUCACCGAAUGGAAAACGUCACGAUAACGACUUUAGUGAAAUUUCCAAAAUAUCUAUUAUUCCUACCAGGGAAGAAACUUUAUGCGAACGCGAUCCUUUUUUACCUGCCAUUAAUGAAGACGAUGAUACGCAUCACUUGCCCAAGGGUAUUUCUCGUCUUCUCGACAGGCAAUUUCGUUUGCUCAGGGAAGAUAUGCUCAAUGCUUUUCGUUUAAGCAUUAAUAGCUUCAUUACCUUUCUUAGCGAAGCAGAUGAAAACGAUGCACAAAUUCAGAGACUUAAGACUCAGGGUGGAAGAUAUGGAGAUAAUCGAGAUUUGAAUGUUUACACCAAUGUGGAGUUUUCUGAGAUUGUUGUAGACAAACAUAAAGGUUUUUCUUGUCGAAUUGCAUUUACUCCGCCGAUCAGUAAACAAACAGCCGGAGAGCGCAAAGCAUACUGGGGAAAGGUCAAAAGACUUAUGCACGGAAAUCUGGUUUGCCUCCUUUGGCCAAAUGAGAAUGCUUAUGACAAUGGAAACAAGACUAUUAGCGCAAAAGAUUAUUCAUUAUAUUUUGGUACAGUUGCCAGUAGAAAUGAAGAUAUGUUAGCAGAAGAAAGCGCGAAAAUUGACAUUAAUUUCAUAGAUGUUACCAUUUAUUCGAUUGCUAUAAAGGAUAUUUUGAGCAAACAUUCAUCUAACAAAAUAGUUAAACAUCGUUUUAUGAUUGAGUCAACGGAUCUACUUUUCGAAAGUUAUCACAGUAUUUUGAAAACUCUACAAGAAGCACGACCUGAAAAUUUCCCCUUCGCAAAAUAUUUUGCUCCACAAAUAGACAACGAAAUGUUCGAUGAGGUCGCCAAAGUUGACCCACCUAUUUAUUCUAGGGCUCCUGGCUUCAAUUUUGAUCUUUCGGUUUUGCUCAAUGAUAAAAACAGAGAAUUACUUCUGGAUUUUGAACACUUACAACCAGAAAAUAAUGUUAUCGAAGAUCUGAAAACAUACAGUUCACUUGACGAAACUCAAGCUCGUGCACUUGUUUCAGCUCUAAGUCGCGAGGUUGCAUUGAUUGAAGGACCUCCUGGAACCGGAAAAACGUACAUUGGUCUAUUAAACCAUAACAUAAAGAAUUUUGUUCGAAUGGGCUCACGGUCAAAAUCAGAAAUCAUCGGGGAAUAUCAGAUCGAUACGAUUUGCAAUAGGCGUAAAGAUCAGAGACUUGGUGCAUUAUUAGGACGCGCCAGAAGCGAACUUGAACAAAUCGAAGAAGAGGCGAAAAAAAUUACGGAGCGUCAAAUGCUUCGAUGGAUCGAUUGGAAUCUUCCGUUAGUCAAAUCGUAUUUGAUGGAUGAAUUUCCCGAGCAUUAUGAAAACUUACUGAAUCCCAACAUUCCGGAGGUCCUAUUAAUUGACGGAAUCGAAGAAAGUCGAUCAAAUGACGAAACUGGGAAAAAAAAGGAUGAAGAAUGGAAGAGAGUUGGCAGCAGCAAACGAAAAACAUCGAUCUUUGAACAAUGGAUUCAUGGAGUAGACUUACAAGAGGCUCAAAAAUUACAAAAAAAACUUCAAAAUAGACCUAAGAAUAAAGAAAAAUCUCAUAAAAACAAAUUUGAAGUACUCUCAGAAGAUUAUGAAUUCCUGAACUGGCUUGAUUCGUGGAGGAUGCCAGAAACUGCAAGGAGUUUGGAGGAAUUAAAAGAUGUUUAUGAUGUUUGGAAUAUGUCAAAAGCGGAGCGUGUGAUUUUGCAUGACUUUUGGAGAGAAGAACUUCAUUCGGAGUCUGUCAAAGAGCUCGCAAGAAUAAGAAAGUCACACGACCAAAUUAGAGGCGAAAUUGAAAAAAUAAAGAACGAAAAACGACGUGAUAUUUUAAGUAAAUGCGAUGUUAUUGGUGUAACUACAAGCGGCGCUGCAAAGCAUCACGAUCUUAUCAGGUCAAUUGCGCCCAAAAUCAUUAUUUGUGAAGAAGCCGGUAUGUCUGCUUUCACGCAAUCUAUUAAUAAUCACGAUUUGUCCAUCGACUCGGAUAUUGGAAAGAACUAUGAUUUGGAUGUUAGUUUAUUCGAACGUCUUGUACAUGGGAAGAAUUCUUGCACGAAGGUGGAAGCCACGCAACUUUUAACUCAGCGACGUAUGAGGAGAGAAAUUGCAGACUUAGUCAGGAAUACGAUCUACCCAGACUUGGAAGAUCAUGAUGAAACAUUGUUAUAUCCUAACGUUCAUGGUGUUCAAUCUAAUGUUUUCUUCAUUGACCACCAAAAUCCCGAAGAUCCGAUGAGGAGCGAGUUUGCUCUUCAGUCUCAUUCUAAUGAAUUUGAAGUUAAAAUGAUUGUUGAAAUGGUAAAGUACUUUGUUAGAAAUGGAUAUGCAAAAGCCGAACAAAUUGCAGUCCUUACGCCGUAUUUAGGACAAUUGAUAAAAAUAAGAGACGCGUUAGCAAGUUCAUUCAUGGUAGUGAUAGAUGAACGUGAUAGUGAUGCGCUUGCUAAGUUCCAAGAUCAAAUGGAAGACAAUAAUCAGCAAGAACCAUCGCCUAAAGCCGAGAAGAGGAGCAUAGCGUCUAAGAGAAGAUUAAACCAACAGGUCGUGCUACGAACUAUCGAUAACUUUCAAGGUGAAGAGGCGGACAUCGUUAUCAUUUCACUUGUCAGAAAUACCACGAAGAAAAAUUAUGGAGGGUCCAUUGGCUUCCUAAAGUCAAGAAAUAGAACAAAUGUUUUGCUUUCGAGGGCUCGACAUGGAAUGUAUCUUAUUGGUAACGCCAAGCUUAUGAAAAAUAAAUCAGAGAUAUGGGCCGAUGUGAUCAAUAUUCUCGAAUCCCGUCGGCCACCGCAAAUUGGUCCCGGAUUCCCAAUUGUAUGUGUACGGCAUCCCAAUCAUAAAACCAUCAUCACUGAUCCCAAAAAGUUCGGUGAAGUAUCUCCUGACGGAGGAUGCACGCUUAGCUGUGGGAGAGCUCUUAAAUGUGGUCAUAUUUGUCCAUAUAAAUGUCACCCCGAUGAUCCUAAAAGGAAUGUACCCGCUUGCAUGAAUGUGGCCAUCCAUGCAAACGUUUGUGUGGAGAAAUAUGUGGAGAAUGCAAUUUUCCAGUUGGUGAUAUCGAGCUACCCUGUGGCCAUAUUUAUAAAAAUGCGGUAUGCCAUCAGAGUCGUAAUCGAAAGAGUGUCCUAUGCAAAACAAAAGUCCCCAAAAAACUGCUGCCACAAGCCGAUUAAUGACGUAAAGUGUCAUGAGAAUUGUGGAUUUCAAAUUUCAGAAUGCGGUCACUUGUGUAAAUCAGAUUGUUGUAAAUGUCAGGAUGAAUCCAUUAAGGCUAACGGUGGCAGAGCGCAAAUUGAUGAAAACGGUCAUGUUAAGCGAACUAAUCAUCAAGAAUGUAAACAAGAUUGUGCGAGGAAUCAAUUUUGCGGCCAUGU